GCCUGGCCCCAAGGGCUGAGCUGUUAGUGCGCCUGCGCAGGAGGACAGUGGGUCGGCAUGCUGAGCGGACUCGCUGCCCGCGCCAGGCUGUCAGGGCGCCUGCGCGCGGGCUGGGCGCCGCGGUUCUUGUCUGUGCUGUGCCGGCGGCCCGGCGCAGUCAUGCAGGGAGCCGAGUCAGAGCAGCCUUCUAAGCGGCCCCGACGCGAUGGCAGCACAAGAACCCCACCGAGCACUCCUUCCGCAGCGGCAGGCAGGUCCCCGGGCCUGGAACUCCACCCCGACCACAAGACGUGGGGCCCGGAGCAGGUGUGCUCCUUUCUACAGCGCAGUGGCUUCAAAGAGCCCGGGCUGCUGAAGAACUUCCGAGAGAAGAGGAUCAAGGGCAGAACCCUGGGCGAGACCUACAUUGAUUUAAUUUGCUUAUCCUGUUAUAAUUUUAGUUCCUUGUGGGAGAGGAAGAAGCUGCUUAGUCAUAUCCAGCGACUGAAUCAGACUCUCAUUGAUACAAUGAAGGUAAUUAAUGAUCCUAUCCAUGGCCACAUUGAGCUCCACCCUCUUCUCAUCCGGAUCAUCGAUACGCCUCAAUUUCAGCGGCUUCGAUACAUUAAACAGUUGGGAGGUGGUUACUAUGUUUUCCCAGGAGCUUCACACAAUCGAUUUGAACAUAGUCUAGGGGUAGGGUAUCUUGCAGGAUGUCUAGUUCGUGCACUGUGUGAAAAACAACCAGAGCUGCAGAUAAGUGAACGAGAUAUGCUCUGUGUUCAGAUUGCUGGGCUUUGUCAUGAUCUCGGUCAUGGGCCAUUUUCUCAUAUGUUUGAUGGAAGAUUUAUUCCACUUGCUCGCCCAGAGUUGAAAUGGACGGAAGUUGGAAAUCUGUAUGACAUGUUCCACACUCGCAACUGUUUACACCGUAGAGCUUAUCAGCACAAAGUUGGCAACAUCAUUGAUAAAAUGAUUACAGAUGCUUUGCUCAAAGCAGACCCCUACAUAGAGAUUACAGGUGCUGAAGGAAAAAAGUAUCGCAUUUCCACAUCAAUUGAUGACAUGGAAGCUUUCACCAAGCUGACAGUGGGUUUUCUUGUCUUCCAGUGGCCAUAUAAAGGGCGUCCUAAAGAGAAAAGUUUCCUUUAUGAGAUAGUAGCUAAUAAAAGAAAUGGCAUUGAUGUGGACAAAUGGGAUUAUUUUGCCAGGGACUGCCAUCAUCUUGGAAUCCAAAAUAACUUUGAUUACAAGCGCUUUAUUAAGUUUGCUCGUGUCUGUGAAGUAGAUAAUAAGAUGCUUAUUUGUACUAGAGAUAAGAUUUUAUACUCUACUGAUCCCAAAUUGGAUGCAGCACGAGAGAUUUUAAAAAACAUUGAAUACCGUAAUCUAUACAAGUAUGUGGGUGAGACUCAGCCUAGUGGAGAGAAGAUUAAAAGGGAAAACUAUGAAUGCCUUCCAAAAGAGGUUGCUGAUGCUAAACCUACUGAAGUAUCACUAGAAGCCGAACUGAAGGCUGAAGAUUUUAUAGUGGAUGUAAUCCACAUGGAUUCUCUCCCAGUUUCACAGCUUCUGCCAGAGAAAUUUGCAGAGCAGCUGAUUCGCGUGUAUUGUAAGAAGACGGACGAGAAGAGUUUGUACGCUGCACAGCAACAUUUCGUUCAGUGGUGCAUCAACAAAAACUUCACCAAGCCACAGGAUGGCGAUGUUGUAGCCCCACUUAUAACACCUCGAAAGCGGGAGUGGAAUGCCUUGCUUUCAGCCCAAAAUCCAGCUCGUACCGGAGAAGCAUUCAAAGCCAGAGUCCAGCUUUUUAAGGAUGGUUCAGUGUAAAUGGCUGCAAUCGGUUGAUUGAAAAAUACCCUCCCCCAACACAAUUAAUAUAGGGACUUUAAUCAUAGAGUUCCACAAAUUUAAUGAC